AUCACCCACCCAUUUUUGGUAUAUCACUAUUUAUUAAGAUAUACUAUUACACUUUCCUUUUACAAAAAAAAACACAUAUCAUUCCGAUAGUACAUUUGUUUGCUACUGAUUGGAAGAAAUGGAGGUUCAGAGGAGUAAGGAGUCGAAGGAAAAUGAAGCGGCAAAGUCUUCUCUAGAAGGAAAGUGUAAUUUGCUUCUAAGGCUUUCUGGUUUGGUUCUGACACUUGUGGCUGCUGUAGUUAUUGUUGCUGAUAAACAGACCACAGUUGUUCCUAUUAGGAUUUCAGAUUCUUUGCCACCUUUGGAUAUUCCUGUUACUGCCAAGUGGCAUUACAUGUCUGCCUAUGUGUAUUAUGUGGUGGUAAAUGUUAUAGCAUGUGCAUAUGCAACCUUAUCUUUUAUUAUUGCUCUUGCAAAUGGACACAAAAGCAAAUUGUUGGUGACAUUGAUCACUCUACUUGAUGCAAUAAUGGUUGCUUUGCUCUUCUCUGGCAAUGGUGCUGCCUUGGCUAUUGGUGUUCUUGCCAAGCAUGGAAACUCACAUGUGUUAUGGAACAAAGUGUGCAAUGUUUUUGAUAAAUUUUGUAACCAAGUUGCUGCUUCAUGUUUCAUUUCAUUUCUUGGGUCAUUAGUAUUCCUCUUGCUUGUCAUGCUUCCUGCUUUGAGAAGAAGAACCUAAGAUGCAUGAUUUGGAGAUGUUGUUUCAUCAAUAAUUUUUAUGUGAUUAACUGUUUGUUGUUUAGAAUUUUUUAUCAUAGCUUAUAUGUGAAAUAAUAAUGUUGGAUGUUUUUCGUUGCAACAUUUGUUGAAAAAUAAUUAAAAAUGUGUGAUGGGUUGAGUUUGCAA